GUGUGUGACGAUUUCGGCGGCGGCCCUCUUUUCUCGCCUGCAGAAUUCGCGCGCAGACCGUGCCAACCGCGCUAUCUUCAUGAAACGGCGCGCUGUGUGCGAACGUUGAACGGAUUCGGUCCGAAUGAGCGCAGUUUUAGGAAACGCCGGGGGAAAAGUUGAGAGGGAAACGAGGGGUGGUACGCUGCUUAGUUCCGAGUGAUAAUUCCCUGAACUGUUGGUCCGCGACUGGCGGUUCUGUCAGGGCGGAUUGAAGCGGAGCUUAAUAAGCAGCGUCGACUCAGGACGGUUCUAUAGCUUCGUGCAGCUAGCCUAGACUCACUUGUAUCUCCUUUCUUCUUAGAGGAUUGCUCACGCUCUGGGAGGCUGCACUUUUGGUUUUCUGUUGUUUGUGUGUGUGUGUGUGUGUGUGUGAAGACUCGUGUGCUCUGUCUUGUACUGCCACCAUUAGCGCCGUUCUUAGGAGUGGGACGGGCGUGCAUGGAGGUUUAUUUUCUGACCAAGGAGUUCUGCUGGACUAAACGAAACAAACAAACUGACCAGCACAGGAUAAUUUACCCAGACUGUCAAUUAUCAGGAGGUUACUGGAAAGCCCCACUGGUGCACUGCCCCGGGAUUCCCAACUCACUGUUCCAGGGACAUCUCAGGACUCGAGCACAGGAGUUGUCUGCCCCUGACAAGGAUCCACGCCUGCUGCUGCUGUUGUUGUUUCUGCUGCUGCUACCUUUUUUUGCCGCAGCUUAGCACCAACUAGGUUUUUUUCUGGAAAAAAUCAAAAAAAUCAGAGAAACGUACGGAAAACACUUCUUGAGCAAACAGAAGUGUGCAGAAGGAAGUCACGGGCUCAGUAGUACACAAGUGGUAGGGAGCUCUCAGUGAAACGAGGAAAUCCUCAUGAACAGAGGAGGAAUAAACAUUGUAUAUGUUUUGAUCUCUCAAAUUGUAACGAUGGUUUUUGAGUGAGGGACAAUAUCCUGCUGUGUCACUGAGAAGGGAAUAAUAAGUGGCCAAGGGAUUUGUGUUCGUGUGUUCUCCCAGUUGAGUGUGUAGAGUGGACAUCACGUCCGUGUGGAUAUGGUGAACAUUUCUCAAUGUUUCUAUCUGAAUGUCUGUUCUGUGAAUGCCGUAAGGAAAUACACGUAGUAAGGAACUAAACGCAAGUUUGUGUAACUUCGCUGCUGGGCCUUGAGUGCGUAGUGUAGAUUGGCCGUCGACACCCUUUUCUGUUUUCCGGAAUGUUUCAAGUUUACCCGGAGUUCGGGAGGCCAGCUGGAUAACUGAGAGGCUCAGUCUGCGUAACGUGACUACAUCUAGGGGACUCAGUGCUGUCCGUUCAGGCUGGUUGCCGUCACGUGCCGGAAAUUGCUGGAACCGGAGAGGGUGGCACAGCUCUGUUCUCACGAGAAGGGCGGGGCUCAGAGUAUGAGUUCUGUGUGAUGGGAUGGCGACGCUGAUGGGGGUCAGGGAUCACCACUCGUUGAAGGUUGCUUUCUUUCGGCACUAGCCGAGGGUACCCGUAGCGCCGAGAUAAACUGGCACUUGGGUUUAACCUUUUCGUUGUCUGACGCUCUAGAACUGUUAAGUGCUCAAUUAAGAUAUUGUUAAGCGAUAGACAUGUUUUCUUGGAAACCACGAAGCUGUUAGGAAAAUCUUUACAUUUUGAACAAGAAAUAGUCACAGGAUUAUUUUACUAGUCCUACUGUGAUCUGAGAUUGGUUUAUCACGUUCAGCGAUAGUCUGUUGUGGUCAGUCACAGUCGGUGACGGUGUGACAGGUUCUAGCUGUUCGCAACCUUUCUUUGGAGGUGGGAGAUGGACGUCCGCUGAAACCGUGGCGGCCCGUGGGACCAUGAAGCGCUGCCUGUGCCGGUGGCUACGCGCCUGCACUGUGGCCGGCUCCGCCCUCCUGCUCAUCUACCUCACCGUGCUACAGGACAACGGGCUGAUGGCGGCGCUGUCGUAUGGCAGCCAGCCGCUGUCGGACGAGAACAGGGACAGCAACAAGGGCUUCCGGAAACUUCUGGAAGAAGACGCUCUCUCGUCAGAGCGUGUCAACAGUAGUAACCUGGCCCAAAGGCUGCCACAGUGCAUCAUUAUAGGCGCCAGGAAAAGUGGCACUCGCGCGUUGAUCAAAUUUUUAGAGCUGCACCCACAAAUCUUGUCCGCUUCGGACGAGAUGCAUUUCUUCAGCAACGACACGAACUACAAGCUGGGUCUCGACUGGUACCGUCGCAAGAUGCCGUGGUCUCGCCCGGACCAGAUCACCAUCGAGAAAACUCCCAAAUACUUUAUCUCGGAAAUCUCUCCGGCGCGGAUACACCGCAUGAACAGCUCCACCAAACUCGUGGUCAUCUUGCGUCACCCAACCACGAGGGUCGUCUCUGACUACACACAAAUCUGUGCCAACAAACAAGCACGGAACGAGAGCGUGGACCCGUUCGAGUCGUUGGCGUUAGAGCGAGACACGGGUCACGUGAACCUGGAGUACCGCGCCAUACAGAUCAGCAUGUACCACCAGCACCUGGCGCGCUGGCUUGAGCUUUUCCCGCGGGAUCAGCUCCACAUUGUGGACGGUGGAAACCUCAUCGUGAACCCGAUCGUGGAGAUCGCCAAAGUGGAGACGUUUCUAGGCCUGGAGCAUCAGGUGAAGAACGAGAGCAUCUACUUCAACAGCACGCGAGGUUUCUACUGCAUGCGCGCGGCCAAAGGUCGACCUGAGCGCUGUCUAGGCGCCAACAAGGGGCGGAAACACGUGAAGAUAUCCGAGAAAAUGAUCCAUAAACUAAACCGGUUUUUCCGCCCUCACAAUGAGCGUCUGUACAAACUUAUAGGUCGCCGGUUCUCCUGGAGAUAGCAGCGGUGGUGUGGACCUGAUUG